UUCCGUGUACCGCGAGCCCGCGGCCGGCAUUUCACGCACAAGCCAAGAAAAGAGCAAAAUCGAAGCAGGCGGCAGGCGAGAAAACCAAACGAAGCGACAUAUAGAGCGAGAGGCGGAGUAGGCGACGGCAGACGGGCAAGCGGCGGGGCAGAAAUGUCGGCGCUGCAGAGCUGGCGCAAGGCGUACGGCGCGCUCAAGGACACCACCACCGUCAGCCUCGCCAACCUCAACUCCGAUUUCAAGGAUCUGGAUGUGGCGAUCGUGAAGGCCACCAACCACGUGGAGUGCCCACCCAAGGAGCGCCACCUGCGCAAGAUUGUGGCAGCGACGUCCAUCGCGAGGCCCCGGGCAGAUGUCGCCUACUGCAUCCAUGCGCUUGCACGCCGCCUUGCCAAGACCCGGAAUUGGAUCGUUGCACUGAAGAUACUUGUGGUGAUCCAUAGGCUUCUCCGAGAAGGUGAUCCUACAUUCCGCGAAGAGUUCCUUAAUUUUACACAAAGAGUGCGGAUAUUGCAGUUAUCAAACUUCAAGGAUGACUCCAGCCCGAUUGCUUGGGACUAUUCUUCAUGGGUUCGCACAUACGGUUUAUUUUUGGAGGAAAAACUGGAAUGCUUCAGAGUCUUGAAGUAUGAUGUUGAAGCUGAGCGUUUGUCAAAACAAGGUCAAGGACUUGAAAAGGGGCACAGUAGAACUAGAGAAUUAGAUUCUCAGGACUUGCUGGAGCAAUUGCCGGCGCUGCAGCAGUUGUUAUAUCGACUUAUUGGAUGUCAGCCCGAAGGAGCCGCAAACAACAACUAUUUGGUGCAAUAUGCUCUAGCUCUUGUUCUUAAAGAAAGCUUCAGAAUAUAUUGUGCGAUAAACGAUGGAAUUAUCAACCUUGUUGAUAAGUUUUUUGAGAUGCCGAGGCACGAAGCACUCAAAGCCCUUGAAAUUUACAGGAGGGCUGGCCAACAGGCUGGAAGUCUAUCCGACUUCUAUGAAAAUUGCCAGGGCUUAGAACUCGCAAGAAAUUUUCAAUUUCCCACUUUGAGGGAGCCACCACAAACAUUCCUUUCAACCAUGGAGGAGUAUGUGAGGGAGGCUCCGCGUAUGGUUCCGGUUAAAGAGCCAUUGGAGCUUCCUGAGCGACUUCUUCUGACAUACAAACCGGAAGAACCAGAAGUUAUCGAGCCUUUAACUGUUGUGGAGAAAAAACCACAGGUUGAGGAACCUGCUCCAGUACCAUCUUCCACUGAAGUAGUUUCAUCUCCUCCCGAGGCUGAGGUUGCAGAUACCGGUGAUUUACUGGGAUUAAGUGAUCCAAACCCUAGUGUAUCAGCAAUAGAGGAAAACAAUGCUUUGGCCCUGGCUAUUAUUCCGACAGCAGGUGCUGAUACUUCAACAACUAGCACAGCUACACAGCAAGAUAAAGGAUUUGAUCCAACAGGAUGGGAACUUGCUCUUGUUACCCCUAGCAGCAACACAAAUUCACUGGCUAUGGACAGUAAUUUGGGUGGUGGAUUCGACAAGCUCACAUUGGACAGCCUAUACGAUGAGGGAACCUACAGGCAGAUGCAGCAACAGCAGCUAUAUGGCUCAGCACCACCCAUUCCUUUCAUGGUGAGUGAUCCAUUCUCGGUGUCAAAUCAAGUAGCUCCCCCAACGGCAGUUCAAAUGGCCGCCAUGGCUCAGCAGCCCCAGCAGUUGCCUAUGAUGAUGCAACCAAACCCCUUCGGACCGCCACUACAGCUGCAGCAUGCUGGUAUGGCUCCUGCAGCGAACCCCUUUCUUGAUGCUGGGUUUGGCCCAUUCCCGGCAGCAAAUGGAAUGCACCCACAAACCAACCCUUUUGGAGCCGCACAGCUUCUCUAGGCAUACAGUAACAAUGUUAUAUACAAGAUGUGCAACCUGUAGAGACACAUACGAGACGAGCAAUCUGCUUGUCGGGAAGCGCUACUUUCGUUUGUCACCAGUUGCCAAAUUUGUGUUGGCCUCUCUUAGGCUUUGGCCGCUUGGCCAUUCUUGUGUAGCUCCCGUUUUGCUGUGCAUUGGUUUUCCAUCAUCUGGGGCGGCCAUUGGACCCCUCCUCCCUCCUUGUAAAGAAAUUUGUUUCUGCUGAUGGACCCGGAUAAGAAGUAGCAGUCCAGGACCUGGAUGACUCCAUGCUGGUAUAUCUGUUGUGCAUUCUUUCUCACCCGUUUAA